CAUGGCUGCGCUGGUGGAAGGACACGAUUAUGGUCUCAUCUCAAACGAAACUUCCAUCGACCAAAAAACUGUGAUUCAUGUAAAAUUAACCGAUUCAGCGUUGCGAGCAAUAGAAGAGUUCUCUAAAAUCAAAGUUGGAACCAAUAGAAGACCAUCUAUCCAAUUUAAUGGCAAAAAAGGAGUGCUACAAUUUCCAUCCAGGUCUACCUCUGAGGACCCAAGACCUGUCAGUUCAUUCCAGUUUUUUAUUUCUGAAGUUCCCAAAGAUCCCAAUGGCAGUUUUGACUGUAUUGAACAGUCAAAUUAUAAAAACAAGGGAAAGUUGGAAAGACUGCCAGGAAGUAUGCAGUAUAGAAUGGGAAUUCGUGCUACAGAGGAUGUUUAUAAAACAACUCGGGAACGGAUGACAAUUGCUGAAGAAGAAAGUAAAAAAAAUUGUGCCAAAGAAAUCAAAGUUAGUGGUCGUCACAUUAGUAAAAAAGUAAAGAAAGUGUUGCCAAAUACAAGUAGUAGUAUCAGUAGUAAUGUUGUUAAACCUCAGCCUAGCAAACCUUCCUGUGCAGUGAGACCGAUGCACAAACCCAGCUCAAAUAAUAGUGUCUCUAGCUCAGCCAAUCAUAGACUCUCUGGUUCUAAUCUUGCCAAUGGGAGUUCAUCUCAUUCCCCUAAUAGACCAAGUGGAUUAAAUCAUUCUCCGCCUACUGGACAGGGAAAUGGAUCCAGUGUGUCUUCGAGUGGUAAAUCUGUUCCAGUAUCCAAUACAAAUACUACCAAAGUAAAUCCAGCCAUUAUGGCGUUACCUUACAGAGAUAGAAUCAUUCAUUUAUUAGCUGUUAGACCUUAUAAAAAACCUGAAUUAUAUCUGAGAUUACAAAAAGAUGGAAUCAAAGAAAAGGAUAAGAAUUCUUUAGGUACCAUAUUAAAACAGGUGGCCAUUAUUGGUAAAGACAAUAGCUACAGUCUGGCUAAACAUGCCUACAAUGAUGUUCGCCAAGAUUGGUCACUCUAUACCGAUAUUGACCGCCAAUUGCUGAAAAGAAAUUUACAGAAUAUUCAACAAGGUGAAAAUCGAAGUGCCUCCAAUUCUCCUGCCCCUUCUCCAGCUAGUAUUGUUAGUAAUCCAGAGAGUCCAUCUGCUCCUCAGAAACGUCAAAUUGAAGAUACUGCUGAUAAUCAACCAAAUAAAAAGAUCCGCAUUUCUCAUACAAAAAAGAAAAAAUCCGAUCGAGAAGAAUUAAAACCAAUUAAUGGAAUGAACAAUGUAGUAAAACCAGAAAAAACUUCUCCAAUCUCCCUCGAAAAAAGUCAUCUUGAUGACAACGGUAAUGAUGUCUCCUCCAAAAGAGAAAUGCCAAAUUAUUUAGGCUCAUACACUCUGAUAACCAAUACUGACCAAAGACUUAAAUAUAAAAAAGAUUUUAACACCCAGUAUGAAGAAUAUCGACAACUUCAUGCACAGAUCGAAUCUGUUGUUUUAAAAUUUGGUGAGUUACGGUCACAGGUGAAAGGAAGUAAGGAAGGGACCAAAGAUUUUGAGGAAUUGAAAAAGCGAAUAGUCAAGGAAUAUGAAGCCAAGAAAACUGAUCCCAAGUAUGUUGAACAAAAGAGACGCUAUGAAUACUUGCAUAAAAAGUUAGGCCACAUAAAACGCCUUAUAAUAGAAUAUGACAGUUCCCAGUCGGUAUGUAGUUAGCAGUGAAAUUAUGGAAAAACUGGACGGAUGAGUGAACGGAUGAACGGAUUAAUUAGGAAGUGGAGUGUCUGAUACUUAUAUAUGGAUCUGUACAUGGAUCAAAUGAUUAUGAUCUCGAAAUAAAUUUGUGAAGUCAGUAUUUUUUUUUCCAACCAGACAGAAAUGGAAACAGUCCUGUCAGAUUCUUUGGACUUUAGUGAAGGAAUUGGUGAUUUAUUCAUCAAGUGAUAUAUAUAUUGAAGAAAUUGUACAGUUUUAUAUAUUCUAGCCCCAGAUGGUUCCAAUUCCAAGAGUGAGCCAAAUCUGACAAACGAUUAUUCCUUAUUCACAGAACUUGAAAUCUUGACGGUUUAAGACAGCAUUUGGUUUCCUUUAAGGGGCAAAUUUUUAGAUUUCAUUUGUUCUUAAUUAAGUGCAAGUUAUUUAUUCAUAUUUUGAGCUGUGCAUUAUUAUUAAUCUGCUUAAUAUUAUAUAUUAAUUAUCCUUAUGUCAUCUGCUUAUUGUUUGAUAAGGAUUAUUUUGCUUCCUUGUGUCUCAUUACGCAGAAACUUAUAUUUGUCCAAUGGUGUAAAUUGCAAUACGAACACCAAACGGAUAUUCUAGUCUAUUAAAGUUUCAGUCUUGAACAUAAAGAUACAGAAUAGUACGAAAUUACUGCAGCAAUUAUUUCAUUUGUUUUAUUUCAAAGUUUUCAUAAGUAUAUGUACAUGUAUAAUCUCAAUGAGAUUUUGUCUAAAUACUUUACAUUAACAUUGAAACAAUUGAAAGUUCAAUAUUUUUAUAUUCAACUAUCAUUCAGGUUUAAAAUAUGUCUCAUCCUUUGAAUAAUGUGGCCAGACUAUGAUCUAUAUUAAUAUUGCAUCUACAACUAGUUUUCUUGAAAAGGGAUUUUUUUAAUAAUAACGAUAAUCUGUUUUUGUCUAUAGCACUUUAAAAGUAUGAGAAAAGUAAUUUUAUGUACAAGGCAUACAUUAUCUACAUGUAGAUAGAAUGAGAAGCUAACAACAGUGAAAAAUAAAUGUAAAUUUUGUGUUGUUUGAAAAGAUUGGUUAUUUAUGUACAUGUAGCUAAACAUUAUUUCAACUAGACCAACAAAUAUUUUACCCAGCAUGGAUACUGACAGAAAAGUGUGCUUAUAAGUUAUAACUCAUUAACUGUUGAUUAUUACAUGACAACUCCCCUUUUAGAAAGCCCUAAUACUGUUAACCUAUGUAAUUGUUAAGCUUAUAAAUUAUAUGCCAAAAUAAUAAUGACAGUUUAAAGUGAUUUUAUUUAUUGAUUGAGAAUAAUUGUCAAGUUUUAUUAUUUUUUUUUAAAAAUAGGUAUAAGGUAUUCAGACUGUAUGAUGUCAGAAUGCUCUUGUCAUUGUCAAAAAUGGUUAAUGGAAAAAAAUAUUUGACCAAAAACCUAUUUUGGUCCAAGUAGAUUAUUUAUUUUGUGAUCUGAUUAAAAUCAGACGUCAAUUAAAUUUUGAUUUUGAUGUUCUGCUACAUUCACAUCUGACAUAAUUUCUUUGAAACAGGUUACCUAAACUUAUUGACUAAUCAAAUUGCUGUUAUUGGUAACCGGGGCUGCAUUUUGUGGUAAAUCAUGAGAAUUUUAUAUCCCAAACAUAUGAGAGUGACUUUGAUAGGUUUAUAGUAUGGUUGGCUAGUGUUUAUAGAACUUGGGCUAGCAGAACACAGUUUUCAUAGAAAUUAUGUUUUCAUAGAAAUUAUGUCAGGUUACAAUGUAGCGUAGCAAAAAAAUAUAAUAAGCGAAAUAGAAUUGUUAUAUAAUUUUAAUAAGAUUAUUUAUUAUGUGAAAUCUUUGUUUAUAAUAUCAAGUAAGAUAAAUAACAUUCGGAUAUUCAUCUUAACAGAGGUGUAUUGAGUUGUAUUUUAAUAAAUGAUUUGCUAAGGAAGAUAAUUCAUGACUGGAAGGCUGUUAUAAAGCCAACAGAAAUAAGGUGUUCGUAUUAAUCCUCAAAUAGGAUAUAUUCCGUUAUAAGGAUAGAGAAUAAUGAAUUUAUUUGAAAUACAAAGAAAAAAAAAAGAGUAAAAAUAAAAUUGGUUCGGGGGUUAAAAAAAAGACUGAAAAAAAUAUAGACAAAAAAAUAUUGACAUUUAUUUAUUAUUUAUAUAUAUUUAUGAAUCAAGGUAUUUGUAAAAUCUUUCUUCUGUCACUAACAUAAUGUUUUGUUUCUUUUGUGCUUUUUGAAAUAUUUAUAAACAUUUUAAUAUAUUAUUGUAAGUAAGCAUUGAUGCCUUAUUUGUUGUGCCGAUAAAUUUUUCAAUUGUUUGUAUGAAGAACAAGGACUUAGAAAUAGUUUAUAUCAUAAUAUAUUUAUGAAAUUUGAUGUUGCUGCGUAAAUUUCCUAGUAGGAUAUGUUACUAUACACCAUCAUACAUAUUAGUAACAAAGUCGUGAUGUGAUUAGUUACUCUAAAUAUACAUCUUAAUACAUUUAGGAGGUAUAAAUAGGGAUAAGCUGUGUCCGUUUUCAAGCAGAUAAAAAGAUAAAAGUUCUUGAUUAAGAAACUUAAGAAGUGUAUGCUUGUGUGAACUGGCCUAGUUGUGUUGUGAUACUGAUCAGAUAAGAUAUUUAUACACUUCAACAGGGUUUUAGUUAGUGCAUUGUUUAAUCUGUGAACAAUGAAAACUGUGGAACAUGAUGCACUACUUAAAGAAGCCAUGUUGUCAUUAAUUCAGAAAACAGAACUCGUAAUCUUUGCAUGGAAUAUUAUACUUCUCAUAAGCUUACUAUUUUCUGCUCACAGAUUUCUCUAAUAAAGCAUUGGAAAACUCAAUUUCUAAAUUAGUAGGCAACCAAAAUAGCAGUUGAUUAUAGUUAGGGUAUUUGGUACUUUUAACUGUUUGAAUUUCUGAAUUAAUAUGUAUAUAAUGUGUCACAAUGACUACUAAUUGUUACAACUUGGAACAGACUAACCUUUUGGAAUUUCUCUCUAAGAAAUAACCACACAACUUUAUUUACAGGUUAUGGUUUGAAAUCUAAUCACAUGUAAUAUGGCUUCAAUGAUAUUAAAAGUUAAAACUUGUCUCCUUGGUCAGGCAUGAAUAAUAAUUAUUUUAAAACUUUUUAACUUAAAAUCCUGCCGAGUAUAACUUCAUAUUAUUAGAAUAAUAAAUCUAAAGGCAAUAAUAACAAAAGAUUUCUUACUACAUGUAUGGCAAAUAUUUAUAAUGACUAUUCUGUGUUUAAUUAUUCCUCAUCUUAUUAAAAUUAAAACCACAUCAAAUUCAAAUAUCAAAAAUCAUACAUCUUCAAAUAUGAAUACUAAGUAUCAAAAUGUAUUAUAAAUAUAUUAUUAGGUUAAUACUCACAUGGAAUUUAACACAAGGUGUAACUUAACAUGGUUCCAAAUAUUUUUGGGAUUACUUUUAAUGUUCUAUUUUAAAGUAUUAAUAUAAUGGAUGUAAUAUUGUAAACUAGGCUGGGUUUAAACUAAAACAACCUGGAUAUGAUUGUGAUGGCUUUAAAUUGUACUGUGAUAAGUAAAUGGUGUGCAUUUCAUAAUUUCAACUUAACAUGUAUUUUGUUAAAUACUUAUCUAUUUGAUGCCUGAUACAAUAUGCCCACAUUCAUCAUGCAUACUGUUGUGCAGAACAUAUAAGCAGACAAUUGAUCUACUGUCAAAAUUAUAAAGGUGAUAUUUAUGAAAGAAAUGAAAGAUUCUUUGGGGUUCAUAGCAUGACACAGGAUCGAAAGAUGAUCAUCGUAUGCACAUUAACAUGGCACAUAUAAAAUUUGGGUGGAAUGUAUAUUUAUUUUAUUUUCAUUUCUUAAUGAAUAAUUUAUUUGUAAACCACCGCCCUAUACAUAAUUGGAGUAAAAUAUUUGAAUAAGUAUACCAUACUGGGCUUAAAGUCUGGUACAUGUAGCUACACCAGAACCUACCCAAGAAUUUUAUUCUGACCAUAAAAAGGCUUUAAAGUUCCAUAUAAAUAGUAUAUGUUAAUAAUAUUACAAUCCAUAUUCCACUGCUCACCAUAUUUAAAGUUAAAUGAUUUGAUUAAAUUAUAUUUUAUGUUCAAUUCGAUUUACGAAGUAUUUGCCAACAAACUGACUUGACUGAUCAGUCUAAAAUAAAUAAUUAUAACAGAUGGAAGAAGGUCUGAGAAAGCUAGAGGUUUUGUACUAUAUAACUUAGAAUGCUAGGAAGCAGUAAUUUAUGCACUUAUAUUUUAUUAUUAGUUAAGGAUGCUGUAGCAAUCUAAAAAUACCAUCAAAUAAUUUGUCUUCCAUAACUAAGUGAAUUUAUAUUUUGUAAAAAAUUUGUGAUAUAGAAAUUUAUCCCAAACAGCUUCCGAAUAUUUUGUAUGAUUAUACUAUGAUUUUGAAAAAAUAUCAUCUGUUAAGAAUUCUAAAUUAUAUGGUAAACUUGGUAAUAAUUAAAGAGGUUCAUAUACCGUUUAAUGAAAUAUGUCUUGUAUGUUAAUUGUAGACCAGUAGACCAUCUGUAUUCUAAUCAAAAUAAAAAGUUGUGAAAAGUUAUUCACAUAAAAAUAACUUAUGCUAUCUUUCUACUUAAAAAAUAUGUGUUAUACUGUUGUAAUUCAAUAGUACCAGUACCUCACCACUCCUACCCAAUUGUCAUACCUUAAACACUACAUAUAUAGAUGAAAUGGGGUUGAACUCCUAUAUUUCUACGCUACACAUGAGCUGGACAAAGUCAAAUUAAAGGUCUGUGAUCACUUUCUUUCCCCGACUUCAUACUGUGUAUGUUUUCUGUAAGGCAUAACUUUUUGCACAGGAAUUUAGUGCUUUUAAGAUACAUAAUAUUAUAAUAAUGCUUUUAUAAAUAGAUACAUCUGCUGCUUAUUCACUAAUGCCAUAAUAUAAAAAAAGAUGCACAUUUAGUACAUGUAGCUUCUAUUUAAGAGCACAUCAACCACAGGUCCCCACCCCUAUCUAUAUUAUUUCUGACUGGUGAUCAUUAAUGUUUUUAUUAUUAAAUUUCUGAUAACUGUGCUUGUAUCAUUGCAUUUCUGAUGAUAGGUAUGUGUUUGUUAGUGCAUUUCUGAUAAUAGACAUGCUUGUACAUUCUUAUAUAAACAUCAUUUCUGAUAAUUGUUUUCUUAGAUUACAUUUCUGAUAAUCAACAUGAUUGUACAUUUCUGAUCAUAAAACAUGCUUGUACAUUUCUGAUAAAUGUUUUCUUAAUAGAACAUUUCUGAUAAGUGUUUUCUUAAUUGUAAAUUUCUGAUGAUAAUCAGCAAUUGAAUUCAAUACUGGUGAUUAAUCUGCUUUUCAUUCACAUAAUUAGUCCUUUUGGAGCAUUAAUUUUCCCGGACUGACUGGUUUGCUCUCUUUGGUUAGUUAUCUUUGCUUUUACUCUUUUAUCAAAUCGUUUCUGAGGCAGGAAGUGCUGGCAUCUGGAAGUGCAAUGCAAUUAGUAACUGUGAUAUUAUGUGCCAUGAUAAAGCAAAGAAACAACUAACAAAGGAGAACAUGCCAGAUGGUCACAAACAAAAAUAUCUCUAGAAUGACUAAUAUUAACAUGUAUUAUUUAAAGCAUAGCAGUUCUGAAAGAGAGGAGAAAAUUCCAUGAGGUGAUUUAUAUUUUAGAAUUAUUCCGAGUGUAAUUUCAUAUCAUUUGAUGACAUAGUGAGUGUGAGGUAGUUUCACAUCACAAAUAGUUGGUGCCAUGAUGACAUAAAUACAAUAAUGGCAUGUAAUUCCACAUAUUUUGACUUAGUGGUUUUGUAAAGUUCAAUUCAAUGUUUUUGCCAAUCACCCAUGGGGCCUUGUCUUUAAGAGAGAGUUCUAGUUUUUCAAGAUCUUAUUAAAAACCAGUGUGUUAUUUUAUUUGAUAGAUUAGGAGAGAGACCUAUCUAGAUGUUUUUGUGAUAUUUUUAUGGCGUUGAAAAUGCACGGAUUGUAAAUAGAUAUUGAAUACACAUUCCUUUAUAUAUUAAAGAUGAAAUUACGUGUAGAAAUGCUACUCAUGAGAAAAAGAUGAAACCAGAAUGAGAAAUUUUGUUUUAAAAAAAGAAAGUUCUUGUGAGCUUUUUUUUUAAAAUCUUGUUUUUUUCCCAGGGUUGUUUUUAUUGUAAAACAAUGUGUCCUUGAUUUGAAAAUAUUUCAAAUUAUGUUAUAUGUGUGUAUGUUCAAAUAGAAUAUGAAAGGUGUACCAUAAACUUAUGGUUCAUCUCUUACAGAAAUUGAAAUAAAUUGAAAAUAAAAUAAAUUUAUUUAUUGUUUCUAAUAAAGACAGAUUUGAUAAAAAGCCAAGAAUAUAUGAUUGCCAGCCAACCCUACAUGGCGGUAUGGCAUGAUUGUGUGGUUGUUAAUAUUUUGGCCUAUGAUACAUAUAUAUUAUAUUAAUAUUAUUCAUGCAGUGCUUGCUGCCUGCAAUAAUGUACAAAGUUUAUGCAAACUAUUGUAGUGCAGAUAUGGGGCAUGAUUCUUAAUGAGAUAAACUUGUUUAUGUAAA